AUGAAAGCUAAUAAAAUACGUGUGAAUGCAUUGCUUAUUGUUGAUGUUCAAAAUGAUUUUAUAACUGGUACAUUAUCGUUAAGUAAUUGUCCAUCAAAACAUCUUGGUGAGGAAGUAGUACCGAUUAUUAAUCAUUUGUUAGAGACAAUUAAAUUUGAUGUUAUUGUUUAUACUCAAGAUUGGCAUCCAAAUACUCAUAUAUCAUUUUAUGAAUGUUUAAAUUUACGUCAACAUUUAAUUUCGGCUGAUAGUAAAGUGAAUGAAACAAAUGCAAAAUUAUUUGAUCAUAUUCAAUUUUCUCCUGAUGAUGAAAAUCCUAAACAGGAAUCAGUUGAUCAAGUUUUAUGGCCAACGCAUUGUGUUCAAAAUACAACUGGUGCAGAUUUACAUAAAGAACUACAAGUUAUUGGUAAAAAGACGUCAAUAUUUCAUAUAAAUAAACAGACGCCUAUUAUUCGUUUAUACAAAGGAACAAAUCCAGAAGUUGAUAGUUAUUCUGCAUUUUGGGAUAAUCAAAAAAUAAGCCAAACGACAUUGGAUGGAGAUUUGAAAAAAUUUAAUGUAACUGACGUUUUUAUUGUUGGAAUAGCUACUGAUGUUUGUGUCUAUGCGACAGCUCUACAUGCAACUGAAAAUGGUUAUCAUACGUAUGUUGUCGAAGAUGCAUGCAGAGGUGUAGAUGAAAAUGCAAUUACAUCAAAAUUACAAGAUCUAAAAGAACAUAAUUGUCAAAUUAUCAAAUCGAAUGAAGUAAAAACAAUAAUGAAAACAACUGAGGUAGUACAAUAA